AUGGAGGCGAUGAAAAAUGAGGGCAACGCACUCUUUCAGCAGCAGCGCUUUGCGGAGGCUGUGCAUGUCUAUACUUCCGUCCUUAACAAGCUACAGGAAUCCGGCACUAUUGAUGAGCGACUUGAAACUGCAGUGCGACUGAACCGCGCGUGGGCCCGGAUCCAAAUGCCUAACGGUGAGAGCGGCGAGGCCACGCUGGCUGAGGCAGAACAAGACUGCAGUAGAGUGAUUGCAAAGGAUGCAUCAUGUGUGAAAGCGUUCUAUCGACGAGCCUUGGCACGAGAGCGCAGAGGACUGUGGAAGCGCCGCCCACACUAA